AUGGCCAAGGUCUUCCCGGCUGUGCUGACGCCUUGCCUGAGAAGCCUCUUGCAGGAGUGCUUGACGGAAGACAACAUCUCUGAAAAGACGAAAGGCUGUGGGCCACACCCAUCUCAUGAAGCACCUAGACGGGAGCGGUCGAAUCUCGAGCAACGAAAUUGUUGUCGAAGGAAAGACCGAGUCAGCGUUCUCCACUUGGUUGAAGCUGCAGCGCAGUUCAGUGACGUGGGCAAGCUCGAGGAACGCAUGGUGGUGCUGUCCAAGCAGCAGUCGAAAGACGUGAGUGAGGACCAUCAGCUCUAUAAGGCAACACACCUUCAGACCAGCGGCAUGUGCCAACUUGAAGCGACACCCCUGACGGGCAUCUAA